AUGGCGCCGCCACGUUUUCUUAUUUGUUCCCUUGGCAAUCCUCUACCUGCUUACAACUCACUGCAUUCUGCUGGCCACUUUGCGCUUCAAUCCUUUCAGAGAUUCUUGGCACCUACGCAGCCACCAUGGACGCAAGCCAAGCGCGGUGGUCUUGAAUGUUUAGAAUCCCACAGCGCAUCUUACAGUUUGAUGCAGAGUCCGACGCUCAUGAACUCCUCCGGGCCAUGGGUAGCCAACGUCUGGCAGGAAAUGUUGAAGAAGGAAGGGCUGGAGACGCGUGACCUCGGCUUGGUCGUAGUAUACGAUGAGCUGGAAGACCCUCUGGGCUAUACUCGACUCCGGUCAUGGAACACCAGUCACCGCGGUCACAAUGGCCUCAAGAGCACCAAGGCUCAAUUGAAGAAAGAAAAAUACCCCGGAGCGAGAUGGUUUCGCAUUUCUAUUGGAAUCGACAGACCGUCUAGCAGGGAGCGCAACGUGGUUGCCGAUUAUGUCUCGAGAAAGAUGACAGACGAGCAGCGAGAGAUCAUUCAAGACAACACAGGUCCUCGGAUAUCGGCCUGCCUUGGAAAGCUACAAGAGGGUUGGAAACAUUGA